UAAAGUUUUUACUCAAUAGAACUCAGAAUUACGUCCACUAGAUGGAGAUACCAUUACCAAGCAUAUUUAAUAUUUAAUCUCCCUACUUAUCACCGGUAAACAGACGACUUUUAGUUCAUACAAGAAUAUAAUUAACCGACGUUGUUCUCUUGAAAAAAAUUAAUAUGGUCGAAAAGAAGAAGGCAGCCCGUAAUAAGGCAGGCGGUGAACAAGCGCAGGUGCUGAACGCAAAUAUGCAAGAAGCCUCAUCGACUUCACCGAAGCAAGAGGGCUCUUCUGGUGCGACCAUGAGUGCUGCUUCCACUACCACGACUACUAGUUCUGCUUCUACUAGUGGUAACUUCUUCACCAACAAGAUCCUUACUCCCGAUUUUUUCCAAAAAACAUGGGAGAAAGAGCCGAAAUUUUGGAAACGAGGAGAGCUAGGAGGAGAAAACUUCUUUCCCGAUUAUUUCACGGUGGACCGGUUCGUGAAAAUGAUUUCGCCAGAUGUUAGAUGUUACAAGAAUGACGACCCGAACGUGCCUAGUAGUGGAGAUCCGGUGCGGGCUUAUCUUAUGACUGUUAACUUGGUUGUGCGUUUUCUUUUUAACCGCGUAGAGCUAGAGAAAAAUGAUCUGGGAGGAAUGUAUAUUGACGCAAAACAUCUGGACAGGCUCACUCUAUACGAUGCGAUGGGGGGACAACUUGUAAAGAGUUCCCACGCCUGGGGCCAAUUAGAUACAAUGGCCGAAGCACGAGCACGCCGGCGAGGCGGAUAGCAUUACAGCGCGGCGCGUGACGUAGUCGCUCAGGCGGGCGGCCAUGCCUUUGGUCGCUUUCGUGCGGUGGUAGGGAGUGAGCACGGCGACGGGAAUUCUGAGAGCGGUCUCCCCCGCAUCUCGGAAGCCCUCGGGGACUUUCCCCGGCACGCUUUCGUGCGGGACAGGAGCGGACUAGUCACCACCGUGCGCAUCACGAGGCGCGGGACGGGUCGCCCCUGGCAGGGUUGCUUUCACUUUAUGACGAAGAUAAAGAGAGCCCGCCACCUGUCUACGAUACCACCACACGAGACGAAGUGACAACCUGGGAGGCCCGCCGCACGUUGUCACCCCUUCGAGAAACAAGGACCGGCGAAGGGUGUGGCCCAUGAGGGGAGGCAACCGGGAAAAGCUUACGAGGGCGUGGAAUUUUUUGGCGAGGAAUUGCACCGCUGGCGAUGAUCUGCAUCGGCGGAAUUUCUUGCGACUCGAGCCCCCACCGGAGGCGCCUCUGCGUCAUGGGCAGGCGCUAAGCAUAGGCCCGACAUGCAGCAGGAGAGCGCGCAGGCAUCCCAGUCCCACUCCCACUGGCUGAAACGUUAUAAGGGGUUCGCCUGCUCCAGUGUGGGAUGGUUUGGGCGGCCUCUGGUCUGUGUUUGCGUACAGCUUUCAGGCUUUCAAAUUUUCGAAGAAUUUACCAGACGAGCGGGGGGGGGCACCGUGCAGCGCAGUGCGCAAGUCUCGGCCGCGUCUGUAAGCUUCUGGAUUGCAAUCUUGUGGCGCAGUGAUGUUUUCCAAGGGCAUGGCGAGCGCCUUGGCGGCUUUCUCUACAGUGAUGGGAGUGCUGAAGGUGCAACAUCUUCGCGGGCAAGUCUGGCCGCUGUCGAUAAUAUACGCCACGGCGCAAGUGAUUGAGGUGGCUGCAAUACUUUGCAGGCCCGCGCCCUGGGGUUGUGGCAAAGCGGCUGCGACCGUAGAGCCGGCGGCGGGCCUCGCUGUGGUUGUUCGUUUUGGAAGUCUCGUCGCUGGUUUGGGGGUUUCGCUCUGCAACAACAACGGUGGCGCUUGAGCUUGUGCUGCGGUUAAGAUCUAAGCGAGAAGCCUCAGCAGGUGGCCCAGCAGCAUGCCAGGCUCAGCCUGGCGCGUUGCUGUUAUUCUUGCUCGCGCGAGCACCCGCCCCCCCGCUUGGUGCUUUUGCAUCGAAAGGCUUAGGGUGUAGGGCGCCGUGGGUUGAAGCAGCCACGUAACGGGGUGUGGGUGGCUACUUUCUUGAUUUGAAAUUAUAUCGCCUAAAGUAUAUCUAUAAUUCAUCUAAUGUUUUAAUCUUCUCGCUACGUUUAUCUCGUCUUGUUUCUACAACUCCUCUUCGCUGGCCGCCCUUUGGGGUGUGGAAGUGAGACGUCUAGUUUCCUUUGUGGCUUGAUGCCCACCUUCCUUCUCAAGCAGUAGGAUCACGUUCAACCAAGGAUAGCCCCGCAGGGAAAACUAAUAGAUACAAAUACUUGGCAUGGUGCUACACAUUCAUAUACACAAAUGCGUAUGUAGAUUUCAGUUCCGGAUACACCUUGUGUGAGAACGAGGUAAAGGCAUCCUAUCCUAUGUAUCCUAAUAUCCUAUCCCAUCGGUAUCCUAUCCUAUCCUAUCCUAUCCUUCAUCGUUUGUAAGUAGAAGUACUACGGGUGUCUCCUCUAAUCGCCUCUCCGGUUGCUCCCUCGUCCACAAUCAAGCUGACCGCUUAGACGCGAAACUGCUUCAAUUUUGCCAGCAACUUGGAUCCAGCUUCUUUGCACACGUUUUUUGCGUGUAUUAUUUGACACCACCAGAAGCACAGGCAGUCCGCGCACACUCGGACGAUCAGGAUGUCUUCGUCUUGCAAGUUUGGGGUAAGAAGACGUGGAGAUUAUGGGCAGCGGAUCCAUUGCUGAUCUACACUGAGGAAAUGCUGGGGAAACAAGAACCAAUACCAAGGGAGAAGUAUAUGACGAGCGAAAGGUACUACAGUGGGGUUCUCCGAUACGACCUUGAAAAUGAAGACGUCGCUUCAUCGAUUUCUUGUCACAGAUUUAUCCUUCCUUCCUGAUACAAAUACACGCAUCCUCCAAUCUACUAAAGUUGUAAGGACUGAGAUCACUACUCUAUUAAUCCACCAACACUGCUGCAUCCGGGAGGAGCCGUUUUUUGUAGGGAAUAAAGUAAAAAAAUCCUUCUACCCUACUACAUCACCGACUAGCCUUCAAAUCCAGGUACCUCCAAACCGUGACGGUAGAAGCCGGCGACGUCUUGUACCUCCCAAGGGGUGUCAUCCACGAAGCCGAGACCGGUGAGGAGUCCUCUCUGCACUUCACAAUCACUGUCCCUAGUUGUGAUUACUGUUGGGCAGCUUUGCUUUCGCACUACCUCGAUCAGAAACGACCUAGUUUAGCAGGAGAGAAGAGUCUUCCACUAGAAGUCGACAACUUCCUCUUAACUGGAGACACAGAAAGAGAUGAGGAAUUACUAGCAGCACCAGCUUGCACGAAUACGAUUAGCGCAAUGAUCUACGCUGAGGACGAUGAAGAUGUGAUCCAGCAUGGGAGGCCUUCCAAGUUUUCCCAGUCUGAGAUUUCAAAAGCACGGAUUCGAGAGCAAUUUGACAAGCCUCUACAACAUUGGGUAACACAGAUAUCGGAAAACUUCUCGUUGCAAGAAGUUUUAGAUGCUUAUUCUGCGAAGAUGAACCGAAUCAAUAGUGAACAGCAAGAGAAAGCCUCCCAAAUAUUGGGGAAUGCCAUUUCGACUAGUUCUUGUACAGUAGAAUAUGCUGCCGAGAAGGACAAGAGUGCUGUAGCCGCGGUCGACCAGUGCACUCCGUCAACAUCUUCUUCGAGCUCCACAGCCACAUCGAGUAAAAAGAAGAGGAACAAGCAAAAUAAGCAACCGGCUGAAUUAUCAACAGGAACUGAUAGCAGUGGUACUAGUGGCACAUCAACAUCAGCAUCUACAUCCGGAACAACAGGACAAUCUUCAUGUUGUGCUGCUGGCACCUGCAGUUCUGCGAGACCGACAUCACCGACUAGUCCUCAGCAGCAACUUUAUCCCUAUGUCAACCCACGCAUUCCCGACACUCUGUUUUCGGAAUUGCGCAUAAAGUUCACCCCAGGAAUUCGUUUCCGCAGAGUACAGGGCACGACAGUGCAAUUCGAGCGGGUCGGGACAGAUCAAACAAUGACUAUGGACGUGCAGCCACAAGCUGUGACGCUAUUGGAGCAGAUAUACAGCCAUACAGGGAACUCGAGCAAGAAGAUCUGCGACUUGGAUGAUAACGGGGAGGAAUUUGAGAAGUUCUGCAUUCUGCAGAUUUUCAUUCAAAAGCAGUGUCUGGUGUUGGCGUGACACGCCGGAAUUAUUUUUAAGGAUUAUUACAACAAUCUCUAUCUCAAUCUUGUCGUCAACCGACAUCACCGACGUGGGGGUCUUCCGCUAAUUUUUUCAAGACGUGAAACAAAGCUCUGAAGAUGAAAUGACGAUGUAGUCUGCAUUAUUGUUGCAACAAGGGGACGCU